AUGUACAAGAAUGAAAUAAAAAAUAUAAAGAAGCAAAUAGAAGAACACGACAAGAAGCGCUAUGAAGGUGCGGCUGUGAGGACACGCACUCUACAACUAAUUGAAGGAGAACAGCCUACGAAGAGGUACCUACAUGCCGAACGAGAGUAUGUGAAGAAAAAGUCGGUGUCAUUGCUAAUACUGAACGGCCAGGAACUGAAGAAUGAAACUCUUUCAAAAUCUAUCCCCGUUUUACGCUCAGUACGCCAAGGCUGCCCAAUGUCACCGCUACUUUUUAAUAUCUACUUAGAGCCACUCUGCAGGGUCAUCAUCAACGACACAAAGAUACAAGGUUUUCAACUUCAUGCCAGCGAAGUGAAACUCCUGGCGUACGCAGACGACCUGGCCCUCAUUUGCUCCAACAAACCAAGCAUAGUGACAGCUAUGUCACAUGUCGAAGACUACUGCCAUGUGUCUGGUGCUUCUGUGAAUAAGGCUAAAAGUAGUGGAUCGUGGUGCGGGGAGUGGGGAUCAACACCAGCCAAGUACGUGGACAUUGAAUGGUCUAGAAACAAACCGCAGCUUUUAGGGGUGCCACUCAGUGCGAUGGACAAUCCAAAGUCUAUGUGGGAUUCUGUAGGCACAAAGGUGAAGUCAGCUGUACAGUGUAUGUGGAGCCAACGAUACCUUUCUACACUUGGGAGGGUUGCCGUAUGCAAUAUCUUCCUUUUGUCAAGGCUAACAUACCUUCUACAGGUUAUGCAUUGUUCUAGAAUUACAGUUAAUGUUCAAUAGAGUUUUUGCGACAUUUAUUUGGAAUUCGCGCUGACGGUGGUCGGCCGACUGACACCUGAAGAUGCUCUAGACUACGCCAAGGUCAAGCUGGCGCUGUUCCAGCGAUUUCGUUACACUAAAGAAGGAUACCGCGAGAGGUUUCGCGACGCCAAACCCGAGGACGGCGAAACGAUGAGACAAUUUGCUGCUCGACUGGCAGGGUACUUUGAUAGAAGGCUCGAGAUAGCGGGAGUUGAGAAAACGUUCGAAUCACUGCGAGACAAUACCCUAGUGGAACAAUUUCUGUUGACAUGCUCGAGCAAGCUGACGGUCUUCCUGAGAGAGCGCGACUGUCAGAGGUUGGAUGACAUAGCAGCUAAAGCUGACCUCUUCUUGGAGGCCCAGCUGCAGCAUAGCACUGGUAAGCAAAAGCGAGACGAGGCGACAAACAGGCAAGACGCUGGAAACGAAGAUAAACACGCAAGGGGUGGUCUCCGAAAGAGUAUCCGCUGCUUCCUUUGUGGGAAGAUUGGGCACAAGGCAGAAAACUGCAGAAGUAACGGCCAAGCUAUGAGGUCACUGACAUGUUGGAAUUGCGGCCGUAGUGGUCACAAGGCAGAGAACUGUAAGGGAAGGCAGAGCGAGAAACAUCAGGCGUCGUGCUUGUACACGGUGCCAACAGAUAAUUGCGAAAACGCCGACGAUUCCUACGUCACCCUGGAUAAUGGUGACAAGAUACCGGUAGUGAAUGCGGUCAUGGGGAGGGCCCCGAAAUUUCUGUCGGAGAACAUGCCGGUAGUGGAAGGACGACUGGGAGAACACAAGAUAACGGUGUUAAGGGACACCGGCUGCAACACCGUGGUUGUUCGCAAAGAACUGGUCCCUCAAGAGAACCUAACUGGAAAGUCGAGUCCAGUGUUUUUAUUAGAUCAAACAGUUCGGUACCUGCCGGAGGCGGUUAUUGUGAUACGAACGCCCUACUACACGGGAAAGGAAAAGAACAAUGAAGACAAUCUCGGCGACUGCCUAGACAAGCCGAAGGAGAGAUUCGAAACGUGUUCGAACGCCAUCGGAGUCAACGUGGGCUGUCACAGGGCAAUGGAAGCAACCAAGAGCAUCGACGAGCUCCCGGAUGAGAAACCAGCCGUAGCUGCGUCCGCGAGCGAGGGGAGAGAAGCUGGAAGACCAAUAACAAAACUAGAACGCCCUCUGAAAGUCGCGCAGGUGUCAGUAACCGACACAACAGCCGAGGAACUCGGAAAGCAGCAGAAAGAGGACGCUACUCUUACGAAGUGUUUCAACGAUGUAGGGAAGACAACGAAGAAACACAAUUCCAGGACAAGGAUUCAGUUUUUGCUGAAGAACGACCUUCUAUACAGGAGCGUCGUAUACUCAUCCGGCAGAAGAUCAGAACAACUGGUUCUCCCAAAAAGGUUCAGGGCCGCUGCUGUAACUAUGGCACAUGACAGUGUUAUGUCCGGACACCAGGGGGCGAAGAACACCCUCAAUCUGGUGGCGGAAGAAUUAUUUUGGUCAUGUAUGCAAAGCGAAAUCAAAAGGUACGUUCGUUCCUGUGACGUGUGCCAACGCACCGUACCCAAAGGCAAGGUGGGCAAGGCCACCUUAGGAAGCAUGCCAAUCAUCGAGACACCUUUUCAAAGAGUCGCGAUAGAUAUCAUCGGUCCUAUAGUGCCUAUCGCAAGCUCGGGGAACAGGUAUAUUCUUACAAUGGUUGACAUGACCACGAGGUAUCCUGACGCAGUAGCGUUGAAGAGCAUUGGGUCCCAGCAGGUAGCCGAGGCGUUGGUUCAGAUGUUCACGCGGUAUGGAGUACCGGCAGAGAUCCUUAGCGAUCGCGGCACCAACUUUACCUCUGAGCUAAUGAGAGAGGUGAGCCGGCUUCUAUCGAUGAAGCAACUCUUAACCACACCCUAUCAUCCCAUCAGCAACGGCCUGGUCGAGAGGUUUAAUGGCACCAUCAAGCAGAUGCUAAGGAGGAUGUGCAAAGAAAGACCAAAGGAUUGGGAUAGAUAUCUCCCAGCUUUGCUUUUCGCCUACAGAGAGGUGCCCCAGGCUAGCCUCAGGUUCUCGCCAUUUGAACUGCUAUAUGGGAGAAGAGUACGAGGACCACUGGCCAUCCUCAAGGAGUUGUGGUCGAACGAAGCCCCGAAGGAAGACAUGAAGACGACAUAUGGAUACAUCUUGGAACUAAGGGAAAAACUAGAGGAAACAUGCAAGCUGGCGCAUGUAUGCCUGCAUGAAGCAAGGGAGAAGUAUAAGAAAUACUAUGACAGGAAGAGCUGCAACCGACAUAUGAAGCAAGGAGACCUGGCGCUCAUUCUGCUCCCCACCGAUCUGAACAAGAUGAUCAUGCAAUGGAAAGGUCCCUUCCCCGUAGUCGCAAGAAAGAAUGAUGUGGAUUACGAGUUAGACGUAGGAGGCAAGAAAAAGGUGUUUCACAUCAAUAUGCUUAAAAGAUAUGAAGAAAGAGAAGGAAGUCAACAAGGUAGGCAACAUUGCGGUAUGGUAAUGUAUUCUCAAGAGAAAGAUGAAGUCGCAAGCGAGCUAAGUUUUGAAGAUACAGAGGGAAUUCCUACGCCAAGCUGGACGAGGCAGCAAGGAUGGGAAGACGUCAACAUAAACGAACACUUGGAAUCCCAAAAGCGUGAUGAGAUACGAGAGCUGAUUAAGGACUUCAAAGAUAUAUUUUCGAACCUUCCAGGCAGGACGAGUCUGCUGACCUGUGACCUUCAACUGACUACGUCCCGACCAGAAAUGUGA